AUGAAGCGCGGCGGAAACGGUAGGAACCCAAAGGUCGAGGCACCGCGUACGACGGCCAGAUAUGGUCAGGGACGACGAUGUUGCCAGGAGCACGACUGUACAACGCGGCCAUCUUACGGCAAAGCCCACAGCAAGAAAGAGUUCUGCUCCCAGCACGCCAAGCCAGGGAUGGUCAGUGUAUUCGGUAAGAAAUGCGGCCAUCCAGAGUGCACAACGCGGCCUUCCUAUGGUGUUGCCGGCAGCAAGAAGGUGGAGUUCUGUGCCAAGCACGCCAAGCCAGAUAUGGUCAAUGUGUUCGCUAGGAGGUGCGGCCAUCCAGAGUGCAUCAAGCAGCCGUCCUAUGGUAUUGCCGGCAGCACGACGAUGGAGUUCUGUGCCCAGCACGCCAAGCCAGAGAUGGUCAAUGUGUUCGCUAGGAGAUGCGGCCAUCCAGAGUGCACAAAGCACCCGUCCUAUGGUAUUGCCGGCAGCACGAAGACCGAGUUCUGUGCUCAGCACGCGCAGCAGGGCAUGGUCCAAGUUCGUGGUAAGAGGUGCGGCCAUCCAGAGUGCACAAAGCACCCGUCCUAUGGUAUUGCCGGCAGCACGAAGACCGAGUUCUGUGCUCAGCACGCGCAGCAGGGCAUGGUCCAAGUUCGUGGUAAGAGGUGCGGCCAUCCAGAGUGCACAAAGCAGCCUUCCUAUGGUAUUGCCGGCAGCAAGAAGGUGGAGUUCUGUGCCCAGCACGCCAAGCCAGGGAUGGUCCAUGUUCAUGGUAAGAGGUGCGGCCAUCCAGAGUGCAUGAAGAAGCCGUCCUAUGGUGUUGCCGGCAGCACGAAGGCGGAGUUCUGUGCCCAGCACGCCGAGCCAGGGAUGGUCCAUGUUCAUUGUAUGAGGUGCGAUCAUCCAGAGUGCACAACGCGGCCUUCCUAUGGUCUUGCCGGCAGCAAGAAGGCGGAGUUCUGCGCCCAGCACGCCGAGCCAGGGAUGGUCCAUGUUCAUUGUAGGAGGUGCGACCAUCCAGAGUGCACAAAGCGGCCUUCCUAUGGUAUUGCCGGCAGCAAGAAGGUGGAGUUCUGUGCCCAGCACGCCGAGCCAGGGAUGGUCCAUGUUCAUGGUAGGAGGUGCGGCCAUCCAGAGUGCACAAAGCGGCCUUCCUAUGGUAUUGCCGGCAGCAAGAAGGUGGAGUUCUGUGCCCAGCACGCCGAGCCAGGGAUGGUCCAUGUUCAUGGUAGGAGGUGCGGCCAUCCAGAGUGCACAAAGCGGCCUUCCUAUGGUAUUGCCGGCAGCAAGAAGGUGGAGUUCUGUGCCCAGCACGCCGAGCCAGGGAUGGUCCAUGUUCAUGGUAGGAGGUGCGGCCAUCCAGAGUGCACAAAGCGGCCUUCCUAUGGUAUUGCCGGCAGCAAGAAGGUGGAGUUCUGUGCCCAGCACGCCGAGCCAGGGAUGGUCCAUGUUCAUGGUAGGAGGUGCGGCCAUCCAGAGUGCACAAAGCGGCCUUCCUAUGGUAUUGCCGGCAGCAAGAAGGUGGAGUUCUGUGCCCAGCACGCCGAGCCAGGGAUGGUCCAUGUUCAUGGUAGGAGGUGCGGCCAUCCAGAGUGCACAAAGCGGCCUUCCUAUGGUAUUGCCGGCAGCAAGAAUGUAGAGUUCUGUGCCCAGCACGCCAAGCCAGGGAUGGUCAAUGUGUUCGCUGGGAGGUGCGGCCAUCCAGAGUGCACAAAGCAGCCGUCCUAUGGUAUUGCCGGCAGCAAGAAGGCGGAGCGGAGUUCUGUGUCCAUCACAGCGAGCGAGGAAUGAUCGAUGUGCGGCGUGCGUAACACCGGGUGUAGCACCAAGACCUAUGUCGUUCCGAAAUGUCAUUGUGUGGUUACGCGUCCAUUUUGUUUUUUCCCGUUUUAUACGCUUAAGAUACAUGCAUCGCUUGGCAGAGUGAUUCUGCACGGACGUUGCCAUUGUGUGAACAUCCGGUUAAUCUUGGCGAACAUUUUCUUUGACGUGCCUAGCGUGUAAGCGCAUGUAGCAUGACGAUAUAUUUCGCCUUUGGUUUGGUCGGGUCGAACACCCCAGGCAUGGAGGUUGGGGUUAAACAAAGCACCAUACCAUUGAUGUUCGUGGAAUCCUCUUUGGGCAGUUGGGCAGGAGAACGGGGGGGCCUCGGGUCCAGUGUGAAUGUAGGUUCUGUGUGGAUGGGGCGAUGCGAUCGAAGUGCAAAUCGAGGUACUACCCUUUCGAGAUAAUACCACGGUGGAGAGGGCAGCAAACAAGUCUUUUCAGUGACCGAACAAGACGCCUGCCGAAAUG